AUGCUGCUGGCGUUGGUGGAUGCGGUGUCACGGGACGAGUGCAAGCAAGGGGCUGCCGGGCAUCAAGGCCCCGUGACGACGUCAGAUUUUGACGACCAAGACGAGGUGGUUGUAUGGAGCGUGGAAGAGCAGCGGCAGUUCCAACGCGCGUACGUGCGCGGCGAUCCCGUCGACUCGAUGGUGAUUCCGUCCAAGUCGUCGGACGCGAUUGCCGACUUUUUCGACGAGUUUACGCGCGGGACCACCCGCACCGGCGGCGAGCUCCGCGGUCGCGUGCUGUCGUUCAGUCCCCUCCGCGUGGCCAUCCACCGUCCGCCGCAACUGCACGCGGCAGACGCCAGUCGCGACCGACUGCGCACCAAGUACGGCCGCGGCGUGCUGGACUGCGUCGAGCAGGUGCUGCAGCUGGUCGACUACUACCGCACAUUUGACCGGCGAGUCAACUUGAAGGACCCGUGGUUCAAAAAGAUGAACAAACUGGACAAGAUUCGCCAGUCGUUGCGCGAGUACGCCAAGGAUUUGGACCUUCCCCACGGAUCGCACCAGGCGUUCGUCGAGGACAUUGUGCAGUAUCUGGAUUUGUCAUGGAGUUAA